UUGAAAGAGGUCUUGCUGUUUCUCUCUCUCACCGUCUUCAAAAAUCACAGACCCUCUCUCUCUCUCUCUCGCUCGCUCGCUCGAUCACACCGAGGACUCUCCCUCCUCCUCCUCCUCCUUCUCUUCCUCCUUUAACCUCUUCUAGCCUGCCAUCAGGGUUCGUGCUUUGAUCCUCUGCUUCGAUCUGUUCCUCUAUUCGAGCCCUAAACCUACCUCUAUUUUCUUAACCCUAACUCACUGAGUUCAUUUCCCCAACUUCCCUUUUUCCAACUCGGAAGCAGCUUCAGAAGCAAUUAUAGCGCCUCUUAAGCUUUAUUAAGGUAUUGAUUGGAACUUCAGGUAGAAUUAUUGGGAGUAGCUCCAACUGAAUAAAGGUUGAAGAUUUGUGGUGAGGAUGAAUGUUCAACGAGCUGUCAGAUCUUCAUCAAAUGGAUUUGGUCGACGUAGAGGUGGAGAAGUGGGGACUAGGGCAGAAAAUAAGUCGCAGUCUGGGAAAUUAAAUGCCAACAGAUUAGCAAAUGCAGGUACCAAAGUUGGUGGCUAUGAGAGUUCUUCUCGUGAUCGAUUAAUGUAUUUGGCUACAUGCUUUAUUGGGCAUCAUGUGGAAGUCCAGGUGAAAAAUGGAUCCAUAUACUCUGGAAUAUUUCAUGCAACAAAUGGCGAAAAGGAAUUUGGGAUUACCUUGAGAAUGGCUCGCAUGACUAAGGAUGGUUCUCUACGAGGACAGAAGUCUGUUCAAGAGUCGGUUAGCAAGGCCCUGUCAAAGAUUUUAAUUAUAUCUGCUAACGAACUUGUGCAAGUUAUAGCAAAGGAUGUGCCUAUAACAAGGGAUGGCUCAGUGGAUGAAGUCCCGGGUGAAAAGCAGCAGGAAAUUUUGAUAGACUCCUUUAUAUCACAAUCUCGUCAAGUUGAGGUGGAGAGAGAGCUUGAACCAUGGGUCCCAGAUGAAGAUGAUCCUCAGUGUCCUGAAUUAGAGAAUAUCUUUAAUGGCCCUUGGAAUAGGGGCUGGGAUCAGUUUGAAACAAAUGAAGCGUUAUUUGGAGUUAAAAGCACAUUUGAUGAGGAACUUUAUACAACAAAACUUGAGAGGGGUCCUCAAACGAGAGAAUUGGAAAAGAAGGCUGAAAGAAUUGCAAGAGAAAUUGAGGGCGAGGAGACUCAUGAUCUUCAUUUGGCAGAGGAAAGAGGUAUCCACGUCAAUGAAAGUUUUGAUAUCGAUGAGGAAACCAGAUUCUCUUCUGUGUUUAGGGGUAAGAUGGUUGAUGAUAGUGGUUAUGAAGAAAAUGAGGACAUAUUGUUGGACUCUCAUAAUGAUGAAACCUUUGGAGAUUCAUCUGAUUCUAUAAUAAAGAAUCCAAUUGACUGGAGCAGUGGGAAAAGCAACGAUGUGGCUCGAGUGUCAUCAAGCUCUUGUGCUGCGGUAGUUUCCCAAGAUGAAGCACAAUCUUCCCAAUCAAAUCCUGGUUUGGACUUAAAUAGGUCUGAUUCUUAUGAUCAUGUUGGGGAGCUGGCAUCAGAAUCAUCUUUCAAAAGUUUGUACAUUACAGCCAGUGAGAGCAGAAUCCAAGAUAAUCUGCUAAGUGAACAUGGAGGGAUAAAUAAUGGUAAUGAGUUUGUAGAAAAGCAGGCGGUAAUUGAGGACCCUCAGUGUUCAAAGUCUGACGAUUCACUCUCAUCACUGGGUGGGAAGAAAGAUGGCGCUGAUAAAGGGGGACUAUCCCCUAAUGCUACCUCUUAUGCUCCAUCUCAUGUUUCAGUAAAGGAUAACGAGAAGGUGAAUCCUUCUGGUGACCUAGUUGAGGGUUCAAUAACUGGCAAAGCACAUGGACAAACGCAAAAUGUAAAUUCUCAUGGACGACCUGGUAGUUCUGCAUCCUGCAGUUCAGAAUGUGCAGCUGCUGCUUCUGCUUCUAGCGGUCCAGGAUUAUCACCGAGUUCAUCAAUGGGUUCAUUGUCCUCUGAAAAGUCAACAUUGAAUCCCCAUGCUAAGGAAUUCAAACUUAAUCCGAAUGCGAAGAUUUUUGUUCCUUCUCAAGCUCCUGUUAGGCCUCCUUCCCCAGUGUCUGAUAGUACCUAUUAUUUUUCACCUGCUGUACCGCAGAUGCCCCCCAUGCCCGUUGGUAUUGGAAUUGGGCCCUCAUAUGUGCCUCAGCCUGUAAUGUAUAAUACACAGGUUGGACCAAUCCAUCCACCACAAGCAUAUUUUCAUCCAAAUGGACCUCAGUAUGGGCAACUCGUUGGUCACCCCAGGCAAGUUUUAUACAUGCCAAGCUACCAACCGGAAAUGCCAUAUAAAGGACGAGACUAUUAACAAGUUUGUGACAUGUCGGCUGAAUGAUUGUUGGUUGUUCUGGUCAACCGCUAAAGAACAGAACAACCAACCCCUGAAAGACUUGGAACAAUUUUUGAAGAGAAAGAGCCCCUACCAGUCUAUAAUGAUCAAUCCGGUGGUUGACAGUUUGUAUGCCAAGAUGAAGGUUACUCCUCCCCAGAUUUAGCUUCAGCUUCAUGGCCCUCUAUGCGUUUAACCCCCACUGGACCAUGCUUGACUCAGGAUUUCCCAAUUCCAUAUAGUGAAUUCACACUUAUCCCAACUUUUUUUUUUUUUGUUUUUUUGGGUUUUUUUUUUUUUUUUUUUUUUGGGGUUAAUUUAAGCAAUAUUUAUAUUUUAUGGAUUUCACUCAUUUGGAUUUAUUUAACAUUGAUUUUACAUUAAAAAAAAAAUUGAAAAAAAAAAGAAAGUUUGUUGCAGACACUUAUGCAUGUUAUCAUAUGGUGGCUAUAGCACCAAAACCCGACCCGACCCCGUAAUGUUAUUAUGUAUUCUGACCCAUAUCCCCUAAAUCUAUAUGUAUUACAAUAACUUCUGAUACGAUAAUAAAAGUUCUCUAUGUUGGAAAGUUCUCAAA